AUGGCAUCAGAAACAAAAGUGAUCCAUGUCCCUCGAGAGUGGCCUUCACCGACCUUCGGAGAGCGUUUAUGCCAACUCUACAAAGCUGCACGCCUCCGUGCACUAAAGGAGGACCCUCAAGCGUUCUUGUCGACAUACGACAGAGAGUCGAAGUUCAACGACGCAACCUGGGUUCAACGCCUUCGGAAUCCACUCUCCAACACGUUUGUCGCGAUCCGCACGGAAGCAGACAGCGCAGAGAUUAGUGAGAUCGAACAUGUCUCUCAGAACGAAUGGCUAGGAAUGAUAGUGCUACUUGGGCCCAAAGCACUCCCCGCAGACGGCUCCGAGUCCCAGACACUAUGGAAUCCAUUUCUGCAACCAGCAAGCCACACCGAAGCAGCAGACCCACUAUCAAUUGUCGACUCGGAGGCUGCUUAUAUAGCUGUUUCCAUGUUUGUUCUGCCUGAGGCGAGAAGACAGGGGGUUGGUCGUAAACUUAUUGAAACGAGUGUUGAGGCUGCGCGGGUGGAAGCGAAUUCGAUGCGUGCGUCAAGGGCAAAUAUAGGGCUCUGGGUGGAGGCGGAGAAUGUAUCCGCCCAGAAACUCUAUGAGGCAUGUGGGUUUAGAUUCCUUUCAGAUGAUCCUGCCCUCAUAGCUGCUCAUGGCGUCAUGACUGCUCAGGUGUUAAUGGGAAGGCUUGUAGAGCUGUUACCUGUCAAAGGGUGA